AUGGCAGUCUUUGUUGCCGUGGUAACAUCUGCUGCGGUCCCUACGCAGGUUCGGGAUGUGAGGAUGAUCUCGGACAGGAACUCCCGCAGGUUGAAGGGCAUCGCCUACAUUGAGACGUCCUUGAGGAUCCAGUCUCUACCAGCUGGGGACAGUGUAUCACGUCACACUGGGACCAGUCUGGUUCACCAGGAGACGCCUCCUGUCCCCAGUGUGGAAAAAGACCCAGAAGAAGACCUGGACAGCAGACAGUGCCACGACAUCUUUAAAGCCUUACCUGACCAACAGAGACACCUCAGAGUGGUUUUGACAAACGGCGUCAAUCGCAUUGGAAAAACUGUCACAGUGCAGAAGUUCACCCUGGACUGGGCAGAGGGCUUGAACAACCAAGAUGAGUUUCUGGCUGCAGUCUACAUGUUCCACUGUCACACCAACCGGAACACAGAGGUACUGGAGGGUUUUCUGGGAGAAGAACAUGUUGAUUCAACCCUAGACGUCUUCCUGAGGGAAGCAAUGAUGAAAUCCAUGAGGAGUAAAAAUGGCCACAUGGACCUGUUUUGGAGUUACAACAACCUGAAGGAUUCAGGAGUGAAGCUGCUGUCUGAUGGACUGAAGAGUCCAAACUGUAGACUGGAGACUCUGAGAUUGUGGUGGUGCAGGUUGUCAGAGACCAGCUGUUCUUCUCUGCUCUUAGCUCUGAAGUCCAACCCCUCCCAUCUGAGAGAACUGGAGCUGAGCUUCAACAACCUGCAGGAUUCAGAUGUGAAGCUGCUGUGUGGUUUUCUGGAGAGUCCACACUGUAGACUGGAGACUCUGAGGUACUUCCUCCACGGUGUGUGCAGGGAGGGCAGCCGCUGCCUGUUCUCUCACGACCCGACCAACAGUAAACCCUCCACCAUCUGCAAGUUCUACCAGAGAGGAGUGUGUGCCUAUGGAGAACGCUGCAGGUACGACCACAUCAAAUCUUCAUCCAGAGGAGGAGGAGGAGGAGCUUCAGAGGAUCAGGCAGGUGUAGGAGGAGCUGGGGGCGGGGUUUCAGUCAGAGGUGGAGUGAAGAAGACCCUGGUCCUCAAAGAAAGAGUCCUGCCUGUAGACAGUAUGUUCGGGGGUCCAGGAGACAGUUUGGGGUCAGAGGUCACAGCAGCAGCAGCAGCAGCAGCAGCUCCUCAGUCGUACGUGGACGCCAUCAGGACGGGUCUGGAAGCUUCAGCGCAGGAACAAGCCCCUCCCCCAGUGGGCGGGGCUUACCAGGACCUCCCCCAGCUGUGUCCCUACGCUGCCGCAGGGCACUGUUACUACGAAGACAACUGCACGUAUCUCCAUGGCGACCUGUGUGAGGUGUGUGGGCUGCAAGUGCUCCACCCCCACGACCCUGAGCAGAGGAGAGCGCACGAGAAGAUGUGUCUACUAGCCUUUGAGGCUGACAUGGAGAAGGCGUUUGCAGCCCAGCUGAGUCAGGACAAGGUGUGCUCCAUCUGUAUGGAGGUGGUGGUCCAGAAGGUGAACCCGUCAGACCGGAGGUUCGGCAUUCUGUCCUCCUGCUGUCACACCUUCUGUCUGUCCUGCAUCCGAAAGUGGCGCUGCACCCGAAACUUCAGCAACAAGAUCAUCAAGGCAUGUCCAGAGUGUCGAGUCGCCUCAGAGUUCGUCAUCCCUUCAGUCUACUGGGUGGAGGACCAGGACGAUAAGGACCACCUUAUAGAGCUCUUCAAGUCAGGAGUCAGUAAGAAGGCCUGUAAGUAUUUCGAUCAGGGUCGUGGCUCAUGUCCAUUCGGAGGAAAGUGUUUGUAUCUUCAUGCCUUCCCCGACGGAACCCGAGCGGAACCCGACCGGCCGAGGAAACAGCUGAGCUCCGAGGGGAACGUGCGGUUCAUGAACAGCGUCCGUCUGUGGGACUUCAUCGAGGAGCGUGAGCAGCAUUCAGUCCCGCCCCUGCCGUCCCUCGAUGAUGACAUCACAGAGUUGAGGGAGCUCUUCAUGCAGAUGUCGGGGCCAAGCCAUGACGGGCCAGAGACCGGACCAGACCAGUAGAGAUUGGACCGGACCAGACCUGGAGUCAAUGAAAUAUUAAAUCACAUGAUCACUCUGCAGCUCUCCGCUCUGUUUCAAUCAUGUCUACACGUUUGAUUAUCGAUUAUUGGCAUUUUAUUUAUUGUGUAAAUAAGUAAACACAGUCAGUGUGAAGUCA